AUGUAUACAGAUCUCAGUUAUUGUACGAAACGAAAGGCUCUUGGUGUGGUGUCUCAACUGUGGGAUCUGCUAGGACUGAUGGCGCCAGUUACAAUUCGGUUUCGAAUUGAUCUCCAGAAUCUAUAUCAGUGGGAUGAGUUAUUGCCACCUGAAGAAAAGUUAAAAUGGCAAAAGAAUGUCGGAGUUGGUGAUCUUGUAUUAGAAAUCGAUGGGAAUCGCAAGAGAGGUGAGUGGCAAAUGGCGUUGGUGGAAGAAGUAUUUCCUGGUGGUGAUCGUAAAGCCAAGAUCAGAGCGUCGAAGGGAGUCUACGAAAGACCCAUAGCGAAGUUAUGCUUAAUUGCAACCCGACAAGAGCUCGAUCGCGAGCAGAAUGAAACUUUAGUACAACAUAGUUAA